ACUGAGGAGUUGCUCAAAAAAAAAUGUAUUCACUGAUCAUUCCUCAGGCUGAAAAUGCGCUGACGUUGAACGCAAUGCGCUGACUUAGCUAUUUAUUGACUGCCAGCUGGGCCUGAUUGACGUUACUGCCUUUUGCAUGAAUAUGGUUACUGGGUCUCAUUGGCUGUCUACUACGCAAUCUGUUAAAACAUUGCUGGAUUCUUGAGAACCGCCAUUUCUUUUACUUCGUAAUAAGAUUGUGAUACAAUCGUUAUUAUAAACAAUUGUUCCGUCAUUUACAAUGUGAUACCAAUUGAAUAAUGAUCCAGAUAGUAUCAAUGUACUGUAUCAAUUGAAAUUAGUUACUUGCAUGGAGGUCCUGUAUGAUUAAGAUACUGGAUUUUUUAAAUUCAUAAUUUAUGGAAUUAUCGGCAAGGUCGGUCGAAGACCUUGCCCCCCAUAAAGGAUAUAAAAAUACCUGACUAAUGUCAGAUGAACCAGUUAGUCAGGCUGCUGUGGUCCAUGGCCCAGAUUUGCGCCCUUCCAGCAUCUCCUAUAAAAACCUCCCGGACGCAUCGUUCUCUUGCAUUCAGUUCAGUUGCAUCGGUGUGCAAGAAAUAUUGUUCUUCAUAGGAUUGAGAAAAAAAAAAGCUUUUUUGAAAUGAUCUUUAGCCAAGAUCUUGUUGUUCACUUUGUUUGUAUUUUGGUUUGAAAAGUGCUUCAUUGUUUGUUCUAUGUGCUCAGUGAUUUUCUGUUUUUUAGUGGUAUUCAUAGUGACGGCACUGUCACUUAUGUUAGUAUAUAAGCCGUUUCACAUUUGGCAGGUCAACACCAUUGAGUGAGGAUUGACAGAAAAUUAUUUUGAAGAUCUUAAGGAUAUCCUGGAGCCAUGAAGAUCCUACUGAUCUUAGCUUUGACUUCCUUGGCAAGGUGUUCCUUAUUGGAAAUGUCUCAAGUACUCUGGACCAAACUGCUGGCUGGUGGAAUCACAAAGUUUGGUACCCUGGACCCUUUGAGGGUUCCUGUGAUUAAAGUCGACCAAUCAGAGGGUGAUACAAGAUACAGGAUUGUUCUGAGAAAUUUGGAAGUCAAGGGAUUCAAUGAAUCUGUUCUUGAAUCUGUUCAUAUAGCUCGGGGACGUCUCAAAUCGAAUCUAAGUGAUUUUGAGGCUGGAUAUGUUAGCUACAACGAAUUGAAGGAUCUGGAUUCGAUUAGAUACAGAUUCCAUACACUUGUUAAAGAGCCUAAGAACGCUACUGGUCCAGGAAGAUACAUUGAUAGAGGUACUCAGCUUGUAGCAAGUAAUGAGUCAUUGAGCAAAGUUCAAGAGCAAGAAAAAGAAGAAUCCAAGAAUAUUGAGAAGGAAGAUGAAAAUUUGGAUGUUGUGCAAAAUUCACAAAGUCACCACAGUACUGCUAGAGAUCCUAAUGCUGUUAAGAUACAAAAAAUUCUUAGUACUUUAAAAUCUCAGGAGGAUAGUGCAGCUUCUGAUAAAUCUGUAUCUUCUGGUAAUUUACAAAAUUCACCUGCAAAUGUUCAUGUAGUUUACGCUCAAAGUGUGAAGGUUAAUUCUAAAAAUACCGAAGUGAAGGAUUUGUUGAAGGAAAAUUCUCAUGAAAAUUCUCAAGGUGUUUUGAUAGAAUGUUCAGGAAGUUGUAACAAGAAGCAAAAUCCUUCAAGAGGACAAGAACGAUACCAAUCACAAAUUUUUGAGGAUACCGCUGGUAAAAGUAAUUUUGAUGAACGCGUAGAAGACGUUGAUGUGUCAGCUUCGGAAAGUUUGGAAUCAAAAGAGAAAUUAUUGAGAAAAUAUGAAAGUUCAGUGUCUAAUAAUACAUUCCUAAGAGGAGGGCGACGUUAUCAGGCUGCGAUAAAUAAAAAUCAAUUUAAUGUCUCAACUGAUAAUCCAUCAUCAACAAUUCCACUGGAAAAACGUCCAGGAUAUGUGGACAUAAUUUAUGCCGACAGGAACGACCAGAAGGUGAAGCAUUUUGGAAAUCUAAAAAUAGACUCUGACCAGAAUAUUGAAGUAUACAGCCUGGACGAUAUCAUUAAGGUCUUGCGAGAGAACAGAAGAUACAUCAUUCACAAUUUCACCGAAGGAGAAUCUUUGCUCAAGAGAAACAACUUGCAAAGGAUCGCACAGGAAUCUGACAGAAUAAAGGACCUUAUCAGAUACGCGAAGAAUUACCAGGAAAAAGACGGCUAUUACGAAGAGGGUAUGCGAUUAAUUUAUCACUACGGCGGCGUAAAUAUAAAUAGUAAGAAAAUCGAGGAUUCAGAGAACGAAAAAUCAAAUGAAGCCAGAAGAAGAAAAAGGGAUCAGACCCAGAACGAAUCCGAGGAGGAUGACGUGAUGCACGUGAUACUAAAGAUCCACGUACCACUGCUUCAUGUAAAAGCCGGUUACGUUCUCACCGGUAAGGUCGGCGAGGAACUUCUGCGGGGUAAUGGUCUACUUGAUGGAAACUUUACCGACCUAACCGGCGACUUCACCCUGGAAUUGAAGAGGAUCGAAGAUACUAGUGAAAUGAUAGUAAGAGCAGCUCGUGCAAGACUGACUUCAAGAAGCAGACAGAUUCAUCUGGAUGGUAUGGAUGAUAAAGGACCAGUGAAGUCAAUCUUGGUUCACGGUUUAAUGGCUGCCGAAGCAGUAGCCGCCAUGUUGGCUGACGACUUGGCUAGUAAAGCUUUAAGUGAAAAAAUGGCUGAUUCAAUGAUUUACAAGAUGUAUAAGACACUGCCUAUUGAGUGACAAUAAGUCUGGUUUUUAUAUACUGUAAUAAUUAA